UGCUGACCUACCAUCUCACCAGAUCGAGGCUGCUCAAUCAGGAAAAAAAUACUUGCGAUUUGAGAAAGAAAUCAUGAAUUAAAAGAAAUAUCUUAAAAGGGAAUGGGAGAUGAGAGCUAGGAUAGUCAGUAUCUUUAAUUGAAAGCAAGUGAGUUAUUCUAGCAUAUAUCAGCAUUGAUGGAUCUCUCCUGGCCAAAAAAUAUAUUAUAUCAGUUAUCACGGUACCAUGUACCAUUACGAUGAAAGAAAGGUGAAAUAGAGGGCAAUGGACGAAUCCAUUAAAUUGUAUGGGGUUUCUUUCUACGAGAGAUAUAUUGUGUUGAUUAAUUCACAUUGUUUAACUUAUAAAAUCACGUUUAUUUUAAUGACAUCGUAUUUCAAUAAUCUCUUUCUUUUUACUAUGAUUUUUAUAUGGAAAAUAAGAACGAAUAUUAGUUUCAGAAUGAUUUAUGUCCCCGGUAAGUCCCUCGUAAGUUAUCGUUGUGACCUAUACGUACUUCCGGUUGAGUCGUAUACAUAUUGCAUUUAUUUGGAAAUCGCGAACUUUCAUCACAUGGGCGAAAUAUCAAGACGUGCUGUGUCCAACAUAUUGUGAAAGGCGAUUGUUUCAUAUUCUUGAUUUUCGAUGCAAAUCAUUUUGGAACAGAACUGAUUUGAAGUUAAUCGACCAAGAUCCUGAAUAGGUUUGAUCGUGGAAUUUUGUACUGUUAAACUUCAAAUAUACAGUUCAAGACGAGCCACACGCUGUUGUCGAUACAGCGUGUUGGGGCCAUUGAUUGAGUUUCAUUCAUUUGUUGCAACCAACCGGCAUUGGAAUUGCAUUGAAUAGAUCUGCAGAAGGCCAAACGUGUGCAAAUAAAUAAGCACACUCAAAGCUAGGCAACAACCUUGCCAAAUCUGAUAAUAUAAAUCAACACUUUAGUCUUGUUAUUGUUAGUGGAACUAAUUAUUGGUGAACAAGAGUGUUGAUUGGAGAAAGAGAGACAAGGAGUAGGAACAGAAUAAGAGAAAGAUGUCUGCACAGGAGGAAACUGCAGCUGACAGGAAUGUCGAAAUAUGGAAAAUCAAGAAACUGAUCAAAAGUUUACAGGCAGCAAGAGGGAAUGGAACCAGUAUGAUUUCGCUCAUUAUCCCACCCAAGGAUCAAAUCUCAAGAGUAGCAAAAAUGUUGGCUGAUGAAUUUGGAACGGCUUCAAACAUAAAAAGUAGAGUAAACAGACUGUCCGUGCUCUCAGCAAUCACAUCAGUACAGCAACGUCUCAAACUAUAUUCCAAAGUACCUCCAAACGGGCUCGUCAUUUACUGCGGGACGAUCGUCACGGACGACGGCAAAGAGAAGAAAGUUAACAUUGACUUUGAACCAUUCAGGCCUAUCAACACAUCGCUGUACUUAUGUGAUAACAAAUUCCACACAGAGGCUUUGAUGGCAUUACUGGCAGACGACAAUAAAUUUGGUUUCAUCGUGAUGGACGGUAACGGUGCUCUAUUUGGUACACUAUCAGGAAACACUAGAGAAGUCCUUCACAAAUUCACAGUAGACUUACCAAAGAAACACGGUCGUGGAGGUCAGUCGGCUCUUCGUUUUGCUCGUCUCAGGAUGGAGAAGCGCCACAAUUACGUGAGGAAGGUCGCCGAGACGGCGGUUCAACUGUACAUCAGUAAUGACAAGCCCAACAUCGGGGGUCUCAUCUUAGCAGGGUCUGCUGAUUUCAAGACAGAACUCAGCCAAUCUGAUAUGUUCGAUCCUAGGUUGCAAGCUAAAAUUCUCAAAUUGGUUGAUGUAUCGUACGGUGGAGAGAAUGGAUUUAAUCAAGCUAUUGAACUAUCAGCAGAGGUCUUAUCCAAUGUCAAAUUUAUUCAAGAGAAGAAACUUAUUGGUAAAUACUUUGACGAGAUCUCCCAAGACACGGGGAAGUACUGCUUCGGAGUAGAAGAUACGUUCAAAGCCCUCGAGAUGGGGGCAGUAGAAAUUCUAAUUGUAUGGGAGAAUCUAGACGUCACACGAUAUGGACUCAAGAACCACUCUUCCGACGAGGAAAAGAUACUUCAUCUAAAUCCAGAACAGGAGAAAGACAAAACCUACUUCAUUGAUAAAGAUACUGGUGUAGAGUUGGAAUUAGUUGAAUCAAUAGCCCUUCUUGAAUGGUUGGCAAAUAACUACAAAUCCUUUGGUGCCACGCUCGAGAUCAUCACAGAUCGAUCGCAAGAAGGAUCUCAAUUCUGCAAGGGCUUUGGUGGUAUUGGUGGCCUUCUCAGAUACCGUGUGGACUUCCAGCAGUUAGAUUACGACGAGGACGACGAUGACUACGGAGACUAUGACGGCUACUAGACAGGGUCGUGACCCCCGUCAUCUAAGGAUCCUCAGUAGGAAACACAGAUGGACUAAAAAUUGAAUCUGAAUGAAAAACAAAAGAUAUUCGCCUAGGAUUUCAUGGUCAUUAUAAGCCUUUAAAUGCAGUGUCGUAUGCAGGGGCACACCUUAGGGGAAUUUCGCCUCUGCCUUUAGAAUUAUUUUCUAAACUUAUCCUUGCUAGACGUCGAGUCUGGUCCCACCUUUGAAAAGCCCUCGAUCCAUCGAUGGUCUGUAACAAUAGGGCCCGUAACACAAAGCUUAGCAAUGAUCGUAGAACAUUUUUCUACAAUUGAUUGCAAUGGCUACAAUGUACAAUCAAUCGUAAAAAUCAAGCGUACGAUUAAUUGCUAACCUUUGUGUUACGGGAUCCAGGGUCCCAUAACACAAAGGUUAGUGAUUAAUCGUACGCUUGAUUUUUACGAUUGAUUCUACAUUGUAAUCAUUCAAUGCCAUCAAUCGUUAAAAAAGGUCCUACAAUGAUGGCUAGGUUUUGUGUAAUGGACCCCAGGUCACCUACCUUACUGUACCCAACUGCUUUUCUAACCUCUAUUGUAGAUGAGUACUAUGAUAGGGUUCUAUCUGCUAUAGGUUCAAAGAAUCCACUCUUACCCAUGUACCUCAUCUGGGACCGCAACACAAAUGCUUAGCAAUCAUCGUAGAACAUCUUUCUGAUUGAUUGCAUUGGCUACAAUGUACAAUGAUUGAUCGGAAAAUCAAGCGUACGAUUAAUCGCUAACCUUUGUGUUGCGGGGUUCUGAAGUGGCAAAAAUAGAUUGAUUCCAUCCAACUCGACUGCGCACCUGUGUGGCUGGUGGUCCAUUGAUGUAGCCAUUGGUCCGUAACACUUCUACACAACGAUCCAAACGUCCUUACAUCUUCUAGGAGUUGAAAUCACUGCUUCUUCUUCGUCGGGUGUACUGCCCAACGCCCCACAGGAGGAGCCAACCGGGCCGGAUGGGAACCACUGGGCAUCCCCCAACCGGGUGGGAGCCAACAGGGAAUCACUUGAAAAUAUAUAUAUCUAAAGACAGACUUGCAUUAAUAAGGUAUCUUUGUAAAAGCUGGAGAGCGUCAACAUGUGUUGUCUGGCAAGUUGUCGGAUCGGACAACUUGCCUUGGUUUGGAUUAGCAGAGAAGCACAGUUCUAUGGUUAUAUCUGACAAGUCAUUUCAUGAAACACUCUCCUGGAGCCACUCUCAGUGGAUCUUCCAGCGGGAGUCUUCUCAUUCUUCUAUUUUAGGGACGACAAAAUGAUGUGGCCAAUUUUGCUCUGACUUUUAAGAAGUUUAUUUGUAGAACUUUUAAUAUUCUUAUCAGUUGAAUUGUCCGAUGACUUGGUGCAUUGUUGGAAUGCAUUUGCUAUAUUCACAUAGCUUAUCUGCCCCAAUGUCUUCUUUUAUUUGCAGUAAUAUUGGCUAUCCCUCUGACAAUCGAUAUGAACAUAAACUUCAUGUUUAAAAAAUGAAAUUUCAUUUGUUUAAAAUUUAUUUGUAGUAAUGAUGGAUAUCCCUCUGACGAUCAAUAUAAUCCUCCACCUGAUAUAAAAAUGAAAAAAAAAAUAUAACCAUUAACUUCCAGGAAGUACUUGUAUAGGGCAAAUGUGUGUCAAGUCUUUCCAGUUUUCGUCAUUUCUACGUUUAUUUCUUUUUUUAUGCUAAGAGAGUAGAGUCUUACACAGUUACUAUUUUGGUGUAAGGAUUACAUUUGGAGAGCUCAGGGACUUAAUGAAAUUUCUGCUCUCUAUUCUCUCUCAAUUAAAGUAUCAGUUGAUUGGUUUGGUAGGUGGUUGUGUAGUGAUAAAUACUUUGAAUUUGUUAAACAUGGGCAUGGCACAAUGCUUUGUAAAAAAAAAUUUGGUGAUGAAAAAAAAAAGUUGGAGAGAUUUGAUACAGGGAUAUUUGCCCAAAACCUGCCUUGAGGAUUUGGGAUUUGAUAAAAUAAAUGGAUGAGAUGAUAAGAAUUUUGAGAAUUGCAGGACUUGACAAGCUUCCAAGGAGAUCAAAUUCAGAGAUAAUUUGAUUUGAAAAUACGGAAUUGUGUGAUAACUACUCUUGUUCUUCCUUUUAUGUAAUACCCCUGAGCGAAGUUGAGGGGGAUUUUUAGGUUAUUUGAUUGGCUUGGUAAAUUAUGAGCUAAAACACUAUACGUUAUGAAAUGUAAAGAUGGAAUCUCGAAGAAUCCAAUAUUUCAUCCUUGGCUUUUCAUACUCAGCUUCAAACUAUUCUAAAAAUGUGAAAGGGACCAGAACUGUCAGAAUUUCAUUAAUGGUUCUAUAUUCCGCCAUAGAUAUUCUUGGUAAUGAUAUCAACCAUUUCUGGUUAUUUUUCUAUCAAUCUGGAUAUGUACCACAACCAGACCAAUUAAUCUGUGUUUCCUCCUUAAAUUGGCAAUAAACAGCUUGCUUACAAAGAGUUAUGAUUGAUCCGAUCAAUCGAUCACCCUCAACUGUAUGGAAUUCCAUUGAUGUCACAAUUUUUUCAGCAAAAUUUUUGCACAAUGUCUUUGUAAACAAAGAGAAGCACUCUGAAUUUUCAAGAAAUCAAUGAAUGUAUGAAUUUACAACAUAUCUGGAAAAUAUUUCAAGCAAACAUGCAUGUCAGGUGUUGAUGUUGCUGGCUUUCCAUAGUUAUGGUUGAUUGGAUCAAUCACAGCUCUUUGUAAGACAGGGCCCAGGUGGGUGUUGAUAAAGGUGUUUGUACCGGUGAGGUUACGAGCGACCUGUGAUCAUUUCUUAGGAGCUAAAUCCACACCAAUGAAAAAUUUGGUGUGCAUAAUUCACCUUGAGAAAGGAUCACCAGUCAUUCCUAAAGUGGCUUGUAACUUACAUGUACAAACUGCUUUAUAAAACCCCCACUAGGUUCUUAUCUAUCCAUCUAUCGGAAUGCAAGUAUAUGCCCGAACAAAAUAAUUUUACAAGUCAUUCAUCCAAUCCCCACAGCAUUACAUUCCCCUUUAACCAUGAAAUCCUACGUGAUAUAUAUAUCGUCUUUGUCUAUUUUGGUGACCUCCAUGAGGUUCUUUGAAUUCCUGCAUUUUUUUCUAAGUUUUAUUUUCAAGGUGUCUCUUUCUACAGUAUUGAUAUUUCCCCCCCCCCCCAUUAUGUCUUAAAAUACACUUUCCAGGCACGAAAAUGAUGCUUCACUUUUCGGCAAAGGCUUUUGUUAAAAGUUGAAAGCCCAGUCCUGACCCGUGCCAUAUUGAACGUUUAUAAUCUUUUGAAGAAGUGAUUUUGAUUUGGGAUGCAAGACACAAUGAAAGAGCAUGUAAGGUUCAAAUAGUCUUUGUCGUAACUGAUACAACAUUGCGAAACAAGAAAUACCAGUUAGUAUAUUUCUACCCAUUGAUAUUGGAUAUCAUUUUCAGUCUAUGAGGCAUAAGACAUAGGGAAAAAAAUUAUGCUGCUUCAGAGGAUUCUCAAUGGCGUUGGAAUGGCAGCGCGAAUGAAAAAGAAAUAUAUGUGAUUUUUAUAUGUGUAUGAGGCAUCAAACUUCGUGAUCUGAAAGAAAAUAUCUGUUUUUAUUUAUAGUCCAAUAUUCUUUGGGAAUCAAUGAUGAAAUUUAUGUAUAUCUAUCAUUUUCGUUGAUUCCUAUGAUUAUUAUUUUUUUCAAUUGGAAAUAUAUUAUCCAAUUAUAUGAACUCUUGUUUGUAGUCCUUUAUCAGUUGGUCAAAUUAUGGAGGGUUUUGUGACGUUUUUUCCUAGGAUUUAUGAAAAAGCUCAUGGAAAGCAGGAUAAUUUCACAAAGGGCACAUAUACUGUCUAUAGUUUAUGGGUCUGGAGUGUUUUUCAAGCCUUUUGCUAAUGAAUCCACCAUGAAUUGAACAGGACCUGAGCAAUUCAUUGUGUAUGGAAAAAAAGCCAAGUAUUGAUAAUCGCUGCAAUUAAAUUCCUGUAAAGCGACCUCGGACCCGUUUGGAAACGAAACAUCAUUUGUCGUUCAUGUACGAAAUUGUCUUUCUCAAAGAGCGUUUUAUUGAAACACCUCACAAAAUCUCCAUAAUUGACCAACUGACUUAUUUGUUUUGGUACACGAGAGACCAACUAGUAUGUAGUUAAUGAGAUAUUGUAGAGUCUACUCUAUUGCAGAUUGGGCAUUGACCGUUGACUUCCAGCAACAAGGGCCCUGGUCUUAUAGAGUUGUGAUGGAAUUGAAUUAAAUUGAGAUUGAUGUCAAUUCUUAUUGCUUACGUACGCAGUUCAAUCUCGGGGUUCUGUUUCACGAGGACUUGUUAUAAUAACAAAUGCGCAAUUUCUAUGACAAAUUUACUAUCAGCCAAUCAGAUUGAAGGAUUUCGGUAGCUUUUAACUGUUGUAAAUUGGGUUAUUAAUUAUAACAAGUUUUGUGAAACGGGCCCCCUGAUUGAGUUCGAUUUGAAAUCUAUCACAACUCUUUGUAAGAGCAUUUCAUGAAGCAACUGAAAUCCUUGCAUCUGAUUGGCUCGGAGCAUAUUUGUCAGGGAAAAUCACCGACUGUAUUUCAUGGAACACCUCCCCAGUUGCUCCCUGCACAAUGCCUUUGGGGAUGUCAGAAUUCUGUCGUCAAUUGGUGAACCCACUGCCUACGGGAACUGGAUGAUCCCUGUACAAUGCCUAUGGGAAUUAGAAAAUUCAGUAGCCAACAGGUUAACCAACCACCUACUUGAACCCCAUGAUCCCUGCACGAAGCCUAUGGGAAUGAUGUAUUUCGGGAGUUAUCUUGUCAAAUUUAGACCACUUACAUGUCCAAGUGCUUGAUCUGUUCUUUUUUCUUUUUUUUUAAGUUAUACUUGGCAAAACGGCAGUGUUCUUAUGUGAAGUACCUUACUACCACUGAAACCAAACAAAAAGUGAUGCAAAGAUGAUGUCCAUAUCAUUUCAAUUUUAGCUGCCAUGCUACAUUAUGUCAUGGUCUGAAUAGUUUCAUCUGUCCCGAAGCUUUUAUGAUGAAAAACUCUCUAUAUCAUUGUAAUCGAGUGACGAUACGAUUGAAUGCAGUAACAAGAAAUAUAAUAUGCAUGUUCUAUCUAUGAAUGUAUACGACUUUUCCUCAGUGUACUGUUGCACAGAUAUAAGAAAUCGAUUGUAAGAUUAAUGUGAUGACAUACAGAGACCAGUAACGUGUUUAAAUUUUGUCUUGUCAUUUUAGAAAAGAUGAUUUUGUUCUCUCAGUUCGUGCAGGUGACAGAUAUUGUAACACAAAUGCGGGAUGCAAUUCAUAGGUCUUAUUUAUAGAAACAGUUCCCUGUGGGAAUAGAGGGAAAUGUAGCCGACAAGGUGGUUCUCAGUUUAUUUUGUUUCAUACGAAGUGCACUUAAUAGGAUAUGUCCGGCAAGAAUGCGUAAUGAUGAGGAUGAUUCUAUAAAUUCCAUUUGAUUUGGACCUUUAAACUAGUAA